AUGAUGGCUCCCGAGACAGUGGUAACAGUCGAUGGUAGUAAUAAACCCGCUAACCAAGCGGCGUCGCCGCAACAGCAACAAGGCGGCGCAUUGGACUGGAUCAAAAUUGACGUAGAAUACUUUAAAUCAACACCGGGCUUAUUAAAACUUAUUGAAUUGAUUGUCGGCAUAAUAUGUAUGUCUCUGGGCACUCCAUACUCCUCGUCAUGGUACGUGUUCGUAGCUGUGACCUCAUUUAUCACCACUCUCAUGUGGAGUUUCGUGUACCUACUGAGUGUCAAGGACGCCUUGAAGAUACCCAUCAAUUGGGUUUUAUCUGAGUUGAUAAGCACUGCUAUAGAGACGCUGUUCUACCUGAUAGCCUUUAUCGUGAUGUUUACAUCGAUAUAUGGCACCUAUGGACGCAACGUUGCUGCUGCAGUAUUUGGUAUCUUCAACACCGUGGCGUAUGGCUACAGCUCCUACUUGCUGUACAACGAGCACAGAAACGGUGCAUCAGGCUUGGCGUGA